AUGUCCAGCUACGACUACAUCAUUGUUGGUGGCGGAACUGCAGGCUUAGUGCUCGCAGCGCGUCUCACUGAAGACUCUUCAAAGCGGGUCCUCGUCCUGGAGGCAGGCGAGGAUCUUACCGCGGAUGCACGUCUGUCGGUUCCCGCUAUGUGGCCAACGCUGCUGAAUACAGACGCAGACUGGAAGUUCAAGACAAUCCCUCAGGCUGGCUUCAACAAUCGUGAAAUUGCCUUCCCACAGGGUCGGCUCCUUGGUGGUUCAAGCGCUCUCAACGGCCUCUCGUUUACACUCUCCACCCGGGCCAAUGUAGACGCCUGGGCCAAGCUUGGGAACCCCGGCUGGGACUGGGCCAGCUUUUCCAAGUCACAGGCUAAAUCAUACACCUUGACCUCCGGGCCUGCUGCAGGUACAAGUGGCUCUGGGCCACUCCAGCUGAGCUUCCCAAAGGAUACCGACAAUCAAUGGCCCAAGAUCUGGCAGCAGACCAUAGCCGCCCUGGGAUUCAGCAAGGACGGUAAUCCCUACACCGACCAGGUCAGCGGGCCAAUAUUUGUUGCCGAUGCUAUUCAUCCGGCCACAAAGACAAGGAGUUACGCUGGAAAUGCGUAUCUGGAGCCUGCUCGUGGCCGAAAGAACCUUACCAUUGUGACCAAAGCGGCCGUUGAGAAAAUCAUAUUCACCAAAAACGGCGAUGCUGUCGCAGCAGAGGGCGUCAAGUAUACCAAGGAUGGUGCCGAUCUUACUGCUACCGGCACGGAGAUUAUCCUUACAGCGGGAACAAUCAACACUCCCAAGAUUCUUGAACUGUCUGGGGUCGGGGAUGCACGCCUCUUGACGAAACUGGGCAUUGACGUUGUCAUUGACAACCCCAACGUUGGAGAGAACUUGCAGAACCACCCGCUAUGCGGUCUUAGUUUCCAGGCCCUUGAUAGCGAGGAGACAAUGGACGGCCUUGCACGCCAAGAUCCGACGGCUCUUCAAGCUGCCAUGGCCGCUUAUGGGCAGCAACUCGGACCGUUUGCAAGAAGCGGCACCAAUGCCGCAGCUCAACUCCCGUUCCCGGGCAUUCAGUCCGCCCAGGGCAAGGCUGAAGUUGAGGAACUCAUUGCAAAGUACAUUGCCCCUGGCAGCGGCGGAGACACUCCCUUCGCGGAAGCCCAAGCCGACUUUGUGCGCUCGGUUCUCACAUCCACUGAGGAGCCCUCUGGCUACUUCAUGUCGUUCCCUGGCUAUGCGUCGUUCAACCAAGACGGAACAAUGGCACCUCCUCCACCGGGAACUGACAAGUAUUUCUCCAUUGCCUUAAUGCUGACGCACCCACUUUCACGCGGAUCCGUCCAUAUCAAGUCUGCUUCGCCGACAUCGACUGAGCUAGACAUUGAUCCUCGGUACUUUUCUCAUCCGUUGGAUAUCGAGGUUCUUGCGCGGCAUCUCCGCUUCAUUGAGUCCAUCGCCAAAGCCGAGCCGUUGGUCAGCCACCUCCAAGUAGGUGGGAAGCGAAACACGGCGGCAGAAUCCGCCGGAAACUUUUUGGCCGCGGAGACCGGCCUCGAACAAGCGAAGGAUUACCUGCGUCAAACGGCAGUGGGCGCGCACCACUUCACUGGAACCUGCUCCAUGAUGGCUAAAGAGCUUGGGGGCGUGGUGGAUUCCAAGCUCCGACUCUAUGGAUGCCCCAACCUGCGCAUUGCCGACGCCAGCAUCAUCCCGCUGACGCCAAAGGCAAAUCCUCAAGCGACUGUGUAUGGUGUGGCUGAGCAUGCUGCGAGCAUUAUCAAGGGUGAAGUCUAG